AUUUCUAUUUUACUCUCUCCUUUCUGUGAACUAGUUAAAUUAUACUUAGCGUCAUAGUAACAGUUUGUAUUCAUUAUUGUUGCUACGGAUCCGAUUCGUGAGAUUCGCUAGAUUUUAAUCACGAUAACUUAGUUGAAUUCUAUGAUAAAUAUUGUGUCGUGUUUCGAUAAUAUUUUCUUUCAAUUUGCGUUACAUUUGAGUUUCAACUUGCCGUUAAUUAUUUUUCUAAAUUUGUCAACGUUCUGAGUUCCGGGUUCUACGUUGUAGUUUGGAAGCUGUAUAAUAUGUUAAAAAUUAAAGAAGAAAAUGAUAAAACUGAAGAACAUUCUUUUGAAAAUUCGUUUGAAGUCAUUGAACCUAAACCGUUAGAUGUACAGUUCAUAAAGAAUGAAAUUUCUACAAUAGAGGAGUAUUUGGUAAAGAAUGAAGUCGACAAAACUUAUAAAGUUUUCAAGCGGUAUAAUGUGUUGAAAAUUAAACAUGAAAACGAUGAAACAGAAGAACACUCCUUUGAAAAUACGUUUGAAGUCAUUGAACCCAAACCGUUAGAUGUGCAGUUCAAAAAAAAUGAAAUUUCUACAACAGGGGAGUAUUUGGUAAAGAAUGAAGUCGUCAAUACUUAUGAAGUUGAUGAGCGUUAUAACAUAUCCAACAUUAAACAUGAAACUGACGAAUUGGUGGACGAAUCACAGCCAGACAUAAUUUGCAACGUGUGUUUACAAUCGUUUACUUCUGAAAGGAAUAUGAACCGUCAUAUAACAUCAUCACACGAUGGCAUUUCUAAUACCGAGGUGUAUUUGAUAAAGAAAGAAAUCGGAAAUACUUAUGGUAUUCAUUUCCCGUGUAAAGCGACCGAUACUUCAAAUGAUACAAAAACCAUAGAUUCCGAGGAAAAUGUAUACAAAAUACGUCGGUUCGACUGCAAUAUAUGUCAAAGAAGAUUUAAAACCAAAAGUAAUAUAAUCCGGCAUAUUGCGAAGUCCCAUUCCACCACUUCCGUGGAAAAGAAAGCGCCUCAAAAAAAUAAAGUCGAUCAUCGAAACAGCAGAACAAAAGGGUUUACUCGAAACAAUGGUGGCCUAUUUAAUUGUGGCAUUUGUUCAAAAAUGUUAUCAUCAAAAUCAAACCUGAGAAAACAUUGGCGUAUUCAUACGGACGAGAAACCCUUUAAAUGCAAUGUCUGUGCAAAAUCAUUUGGUCACCAAACUUACCUCAAAACUCAUAAAAGGAUACAUACCGGCGAGAAACCUUUUAAAUGCGAUGUCUGUGAAAAAACAUUCGGUCAACAAUCCACCCUCAAAACUCAUGAAAGGAUACACACCAGAGAGAAACCCUUUAAAUGUAAUAUCUGUGAAAAAACAUUUGGUCAACAGUCUACCCUCAAAACUCAUGAAAGGAUACAUACCGGCGAGAAACCCUUUAAAUGCCAUGUCUGUGAGAAAACAUUUAGUCAACAAUCUGAUCUCAAAAAACAUGCACGUAUACAUACCGGGGAGAAACCCUUUGGAUGCGAUGUCUGUGAGAAAACAUUUGGUCACCGGUCUACCCUCAAAAUUCAUGAUAGGAUACAUACCAGAGAGAAACCCUUUCAAUGCGAUGUCUGUGAAAAAACAUUUGGUCACCAGUCUUCCCUCAAAACUCACAAAAGGAUACAUACCGGCGAGAAACCAUUUAAAUGCGAUGUCUGUGAAAAAUGUUUUAGUACACAAUCUCAUCUCAAAACUCAUAAACAUACAUAUUGGUGAGGUACGAUAUAAAUGCUUGGUCUGAGAAAAAUCGUUUGGUCGCCAAGAUAAUCUCAAAAGGCAUCAAGCAAAAGCACACGACUAAAGCCUUUACAUACCUCAUUUACCUUUCGUGACUAUUUGGCAGUUUUAAAAUAGUUUUGGUAACAAUUUUUUAUUAUUUUGCUUUUCUAUUUGACUUAUAACAGACUAAAUACAUCUUUUAGUUCCAUAAU